AUGGAGCCUGUCACGCUAUGCUUUGUCGAGGGCCGUCCACAACACUCGACCCAGCGGGAAAAAGAAUUGACUAACGCGACAAUCCGGGCACACAAUGCUAAAGUCGCUCACGCGAAACGAAGCAAGAACACGACAACGACGAAUGUAAUCGAACGACAGCCAGCCUCGACGAAGCCGUUGGUCACUCGGUUUCGUGUAGUUCCUCCAUCUUUGGGGCGUGAUCGGGGCCGCCAGCCAGUGGACGAGGAGGAGGAAGCCCUGAAGCGGGCUCAAGGUGUUGUCCAUGCGCAACGGAGAGGCCACUUUCAGAGCAAGCGGUGGCUCUAUGCCAUGCUACACCGACAAUGGAUGGAUGCCAUAUGGACCCCAUUCUCGGGGAAUGUACCAAAGCACAUUGCCAUAUACCAGCAAAUGAUCGUACCCACGAUCCAGCUCGCGUUCGAAGUAUUCCACGUCCGUAACACUCAUAACUACGAAUUCCUGCUGUGGAUGACCCGGCCCACGACGUCAGGCUAUCACGCCGGGGCGGCUGGUCUGCAGCUCCUCUACGACCAGCAAGUCUCGCCCGGCUGUGGCCAGACGCGGCAGUGCCUCUCCCACAAGGUCCAAGCGUCGGCGAUUUUGAGGGAGUCGUUAUCACAAUCCCCAACGAGAGUGCCUGAUGAUGAGUUACUGGUUAUCUUGUCCUUGGCCACGGUAGAGCGAACAGUGGAUAUGGAGGUUCACCAGUAUCACCUCGAGACGCUGUCGAAGAUCAUCACUGCGCAAGGAGGCAUGCACUUGGUAGCGGACCACCCGCAGUGCACGAUUCUGCAGUUCGACGCGUGGUGGAGUCUGUCGACAGGCCUGCGGUAUUUUUCCUCGCCGCUAGCUCUCCCCCAGCCUGAAGCCGAUCCGGAGAUCGUGUCGACGCAAUUUCGGCACCAAAUCCAGGACGUCCCCGUGGGCUUCCACCCGUUCAUCCUGGCGGGAAAAUGGGCCACCAGCACGGUCGACAUCCUCGCCCGGCUCGCUUACGUCUACCGCAGGGGAGGCAAGCUGGAGAGAGAUGAGACUGGGAGACUCAUCGGCGGCGGUGGACUCCCCAACACCGCCUACCCGGUGUGGCGCACGUUCCAAGAAGCCUGCCCGGCCUUGGACGCACCAGGGAACCCCCCUGAGAAGUUACUGGCUCUCGCCAUGGUCUUGUACUGCGGGAUCGGGUUCGACUCGGCGCCCGUGUCGAGCAACGGCGGGCUGGCGUCACGCGGCGCAUUGACCAAGAUCUUCACCACAAUGGAUGACGAACUGUCACACGAGUCGUCGUCGUCGUCAACAGAGGACGAAAAUGAAGACGAAGAGCGUUUCCUCUUCUGGGUCUGGAUGGUCACCAUCUGCGCCUGGCACAACGCCGCGAACAGCGGCUUCCUACCGCCGGGGAUCGAUCUGCUCCACAGGCUGCGCCGGCGGUUUGUGUCGGUCAAGGACUGGGGCGGCGCCAGGGAUAUCCUCGACGCGUUUUUCUGGAACGACAAGCUCAGCGAGUUGUGCAGGAUCAGGUUUGAUACUGCGGUGGAGGGAACUAUGUAG